AUGAACAUGAAAUUGGCUUUGAUUGCCUCCUUACUUUUGUUGGCUGUUAUUGUCAACGCUGAGGAAGAGAAAACUCCAGUCCGUGAAGAAAAUGAAGAUGAAGAAUCACAAUUGCGUGAACUCGAAGAGGAAGAUUCACCUGUGCGUGAAUUGGAAGAUGAUGAAGAAGAAGAAAUUGCCAGCCGUAUGAACGAAGACAAACUCUGGAGUCGUCGUCGCCGCCGCUGGGUCUCUUCUCGUCGUCGCCUUGUCUUUCGUCGCCGCUUUAUCUAUUAUCGUCGUCGCUAUAUCAUUUAUCGUCGCCGCUUUCUCUCCACUCGUCGCCGUUGGGGAAAAAAAUAAAUUUGCCGUAGUGGUAUAUAGUAGCAUGAAUAAGAAUAAACUAAAUCAUCGGCAAUAAAUAAGGAUCGCUUGAGAUCAUUGUUUACUCAAUUCUGACCAUUUAAUACAGCGCGAUGCUUUCUUAACUUGAUUAUUAUGAUGCUAGAAUGAUGUAAAACGCAAUAAAGAUCAACUAUUUGCAAUA